UGGCCGAGUUCCCAGCCAACGUGUUCUGGCGAAGCCCGUUCGGUACAAUCUGCAGCUCGAAGAAGCUGACCGAAUAUGUUGUGAUGGAUGUGGAGCAGAUAGCUGAGAAGGACAGGAAACACGUACCGAAGCCCAUCUCUCAAAGGCACAUCUUGGCGGAUGUGUACGUGUGCAAGGCGACUGAGCUGGGCAUGAGUGACAGCCAGUACCACUGCAGGACGCAUCUCGGACACUUACUGCAUCCCGGUGACAGUGUGCUUGGGUUCGACUUGUCCAACUCGAAUGUGAACGACCAUCACCUGAGCACAGUUUCGCCAGACAAGAUACCUGACGUGUUUUUCAGUAAAAUUACACAAAAUGAUAAUCCAGAUGAACAUUACGAAUGCUUUGGUGAUGAAGACGAUUAUCAAAAGGAAAUUCGGAGAAAAUUUUUCAAUGGCAUGAGCCUUAAUGAACUGCCGGGCAUUUAG